CCACUAGAUCUCGCCUUUCCUUCCGAUCUCUCUCCCUCUCUCUCUUCUUCUUCUUCUUCCUUCCCUCUCAACCCGACGACCCACGCGAAGCGAACUCUCGCGCGAGACGAGAGUAGUAAACCCUAGAAACCUAGAGGAGAUCCCCACCACCACCAUGACGGUGGAUCAGAGGACGACGGCGAAGGCGAUCAUGCCGCCGGUGGAGAUGCCGCCCGUCCAGCCCGGAAGAAAAUGUGGAGGCGAGGAAAGUACUGGAAACCUUGAUUCCGUCCAACCGAUAGCAGGAGCUCUUCCCUGUAAUGAGCAUGCACUCUUGGCCCAGCAGACCCCCAAGGGAGAUGCGCCAUCAGUGGGCUCUAAGAUUUGCAGGAAAAAGCGACCACGGAGAUCACGCGAUGGACCUACUUCAGUUGCAGAGACCAUCAAGCGGUGGGCCGAGCUCAACAAUCAGCAGGAGCUUGAUCCACAGGGUCCAAAGAAGGCAAGGAAGGCACCUGCAAAGGGUUCAAAGAAGGGCUGCAUGAAGGGGAAAGGAGGACCGGAGAAUACACGUUGUGACUUCCGUGGUGUGAGGCAACGUACCUGGGGCAAGUGGGUUGCUGAAAUUCGGGAGCCGAAUCAGCAAAGUAGACUCUGGUUGGGGACCUUCCCAACUGCCGAAGCUGCAGCUUGUGCUUAUGACGAGGCAGCCAGAGCAAUGUAUGGUCCAAUGGCUCGCACUAAUUUUGGCCAGCAUCAUGCCCCUGCUGCUUCCGUUCAGGUUGCACUAGCAGCUGUCAAAUGUGCUUUACCUGGUGGUGGCUUAACAGCAAGCAAGUCUAGAACAUCCACUCAGGGUGCAUCAGCAGAUGUUCAAGAUGUUUUAACUGGUGGCUUAUCAGCAUGCGAGUCCACUACAACAACAAUUAAUAAUCAAUCUGAUGUCGUCUCUACCUUACAUAAGCCAGAAGAGGUUUCUGAGAUCUCUAGUCCACUGAGAGCUCCACCAGCUGUCCUGGAAGAUGGUUCUAAUGAAGACAAGGCUGAAUCGGUUACCUAUGAUGAGAACAUUGUCAGCCAGCAGCGUGCCCCUCCUGAAGCCGAGGCUAGUAAUGGAAGAGGCGAGGAGGUCUUUGAGCCUCUGGAACCUAUUGCCAGCCUACCAGAGGACCAAGGAGAUUAUUGUUUUGAUAUUGAUGAGAUGCUGAGAAUGAUGGAAGCUGACCCUACGAACGAGGGUUUGUGGAAAGGCGACAAAGAUGGAUCAGACGCCAUCCUGGAGCUUGGCCAGGAUGAACCUUUCUACUACGAAGGGGUUGAUCCAGGCAUGCUGGACAACUUGCUCAGGUCUGAUGAGCCAGCAUGGUUAUUGGCAGAUCCUGCGAUGUUCAUCUCCGGUGGCUUCGAAGAUGACUCUCAGUUCUUUGAGGGCUUGUGAUUUCCCCUUGGCGGCAGCCGGCCAUACUAAAAUUUUCUGGUGCUUUGGUCGGCUAGCUCCUGCACAUCGCCCUCAGGAUCAGCAAGAGAAACACUGGACCGGAUUGGGUUCGUUGGUGGAACUGGAUGAGCAUCUAGUAGCUAAGGAAAAAAGAUCCUUUUAUUUAGUUCUGUAGGCAAUGGAACUCCUUGAGAACUCCGUUUCAGUGUUUGUUAAUUUGAUAACGCUUGCUUGUUUGUGUGUGUAUAUCGAUCUCUUUUGAAGCAAUGAGAAAAAAAAAAGGACUGAAGAAAAUGUGUAUAUAUUCCAAGCGUUCUUCAG